CCUAUGUCACUUUUGUUGUGUGGCUUUAGAUCUGUAAGAGCGUAGGCUAAAAUUUUUGACUUCUCUAUCUAGAGUUUGCUAUUUUAACUUCUCUUUGUGUAAAAGUUCAUAAUCAGUGAUAGUUUCCUCAAGAAGUUGAAGUUAGAUUUUGCUGUGAUUGAAGUUUUGUCAUUCUCUGAUGGUAAUAGAGAUUAGUUAAUCUAUACAAAAGCAGUCAAAAGAUGGCACAGAGUUCUGAAAAUGUUCUUCCUACUCUACGAGAUUUCUUCGAUUCUAAAAAGGCUGGGGAAGAGGACGAGUUUUUGUUUUAUCGGGCGCUUAACUCCUCGUGCAAGAAACCUCCAAAACCGGGAAACAAGGCGAAGGAGAGACAUGGUUUCUUCAAUCAGGGAUCCAAGGAGAGAAGAAGAAGGAAAAUAUCAGAUGCUGAAAAGUUUUCAGUGGAACAAUAUUCUUCUGGUGGUUUUUUCGGUGUACGGUUGAACACGAAUGGGAGACAACAACAACAACAACAACGAUUAGCUAAGCCUUUAGUUACAGAGAGAAACAUGGAACCGAGGUUGCAAAAGUCACUCUCUGCUAGAAUGCAAUUCCCAUUUAUGCCUUCUUCAAAGGGAAGCAAUGAGUCUUCUUCUACUAAUACUUCAAGCUCAACGAGCUGGUUUAACCGUAUCAAGAAAAUGUCCAAUCCAUUUUCAAACAGAAAUCCUCUGUUACCAGAAUCAGGCCAAGAAAUGUUCUCAAGAAACAAGUCUUCACCUGUUCAUCUACAUGCUCAUCUAAGGAUGGAAUAUGAACUUGGGAUGCCUGUUUUCAUAUUCUCGCUAGACCUCCCGGAUGAUGUAUAUAUGGCCAGUACAAGAAUGGAUGAUAAGGAAUCUCGGUUUGUCUAUUCGUUUAGCUACAUUGGAGGUAGAAGCAAUAAGAAUGUUUCAGGUAAAGAAUCUUCACUAAUAGGACAGAUGCAAGUUUCAACUCAAAUCUGCUUAGAGCAAGAACCAUAUGAAGAAGAUCUUGUGGCAUCAACUGUCUCUGAAUUCGUUCUUUUCGACAUUGCACGCGCAAGGAGAAGUGGCUUCAAGCAUGAAAACCUGUCAAGACAAAACAGUUUCAGACGAGGAUUGAUAUUUUCAGAAACAGAGAACUCUGUAUCUGAUCUACUACAAGAAAAGCUGCCAAGGCAGAACAGUUUCAAUCGAGGAUUGACUCGUAGUCUAUCAAAACAUUCAGAGAACACUGCAUCUGGUCCUUGGCCUGUCUCAGAUUUACAUCCAGGACUUGAGAUUGCAGCAAUUGUUAUUCAAGACUCUUCUUCAAACAGCAAACUCUCGAGUCGUGAGAUGAAAGUCAUAGUUCCAACAGGAAACCACGGUUUGCCUGAUACCGAAAACUCGUGUCCUACGCCGAUACUGCAAAGAUGGAGAUCAGGUGGAGGUUGUGACUGUAGCGGAUGGGACAUGGGAUGUCACCUUUUUGUCCUUGAAUCUCCAGAACUCAUCAACAAUCAUCAUGGUUUGGAACUUUUCAUAGAGAGUGGGAAAGAGAUCACACCAGCAAUGACAAUGACAUGUAUCAGAGAAGGACAUUAUGAGGUAAAAUUUCACGCGAAGCUCUCAGCAUUACAAGCAUUCUCAAUCUGUGUAGCCGAGCUGCAAAGAACUGAAGUCUCAAGAGGAGAAAGAAACAUAUCUUUGUCUAGAUGCAGUUCACUCAGAGAGCUUAUUGAAAUGGAAACUCCGAUGAAUACAAGAGAAGUCCUUCCUUCUUUCAUGCCUAAUGUCACAUUCUCUCCAAUCUCAAGGGUUUAAAAACACAUCACAAAGUAAUCAAUCUCUAGUCCCUCUUAUGUGCAUAUAUAGUCACUAUACAUACCAUACAAAUAAAUAUCAGCCAGAAUCUAGCUACCGGGAUAUUAUAUAUUAGUGUUUAGAACUUUAGCAUCAUAAAUGUUUGUUCUUCUUCCUCAUGACUCAAAGAACCCGUUUCUUUCAAUAUUAUCUAUCUUUCUUGUUCUUGGUUUCAUUGUCAUAUUCAACGCAACUGAGUUUGAGUUACUCGGUUUAGUUUGUAAUGACUGUGCUUCUUGUA